AUGUCGGAAGUGAACAUGACCUUAGGAGCGGCGAAAAAGGUUGACAACAGUGCACUCCCUGCAGACAAUGGGAACCCUUUUGUGGGCGCCGGUCCAGCCUACGAGGCACCUUUUCUGGAAGCCCUUGAGCCAGCCUUGUCGGAUCUUGCCAAGUACGGCAUCAAAGUCGUCGCGAACGCCGGUAACACUGACACCGAGACCUUGUACAAGAUCGUGUGCCGUAUGGUCAAGGAGAAGGAACUCAACAUCAAAGUCGCUUGGAUAUCUGGCGACGAAGUACUCCCAGCGAUAACGGACGCCCUACAUCUCGGGACGUCAACGUUCAAGAACAUCUACACCGGCGAAGUGCUGUCCAGCUGGGAAUUCAAACCCAUCUAUGCACAAGCAUACCUCGGCGGCCAGGGCAUUGCCGAAGCUUUGUCUCUAGGUGCCCAAAUUGUCAUAUGUGGCCGCGUCGCUGAUGCUUCGCCUGUGAUCGGUGCGGCCGUCUGGUACCACGGCUGGCAUAGAUCCCAGUUGACCGAGCUAGCCAAUGCUUUCAUCGCAGGUCACCUCAUUGAAUGCAGCUGCUACGUCACGUCUGGGAACUUCAGCGGCUUCAAAGUACUCGACAGCACAAGCGCAGGUUGGGCUGACAUUGGAUAUCCUAUUGCCGAAAUAUCCCAGAGCGGCAAGGUGAUCAUCACCAAACAAAAAGCGACCGGCGGAGCAGUGACAGUGGAUACCUGCUCAGCACAACUUCUCUAUGAGAUCCAGGGGCCAUGGUACUUCAACAGCGAUGUAACAGCUGUCGUGGACGAGGUCUGGUUCGAACAAAUUGGCCCUGAUCGAAUUGCCCUCAACGGCGUCAAAGCCCUCCCUCCACCACCCACCACCAAAGUAGGAAUUACCGCUCGUGGAGGCUUCCAGGCGGAAGCGAUGUACUUCAUGACUGGUCUGGACGUGGCCGAGAAGGCGCGCAUGACAGAAGCACAGCUAAGAAAAUCUCUGAGUCCUUAUUCGGACAGGUUCUCGCUCUUGGCCUUCAGUGUUCUCGGCGUCCCUGCCCUCGACGCAGACAGCCAGAAUGCGGCGACAGUAGUCUUCCGAAUCUUCGCGCAGGCAAGAAAGUCCGAAGACAUUGCACCGCCAAAAUUCCUGAGACCGGUCAUGGAUAACAUCAUGCAGGCGUACCCCGGAGGUACAUUCCACUUGGAUUUCCGCCUCGGCAUCCCGAAACCUUACCUUGAAUACUACGUGACGCUGUUGGACCAGUCCCGCGUCCACCAUGCUGUGCACUUCGACGGCAAGACCACAACGAUCCCACCGCCUCCGCUGACGAAUGUGUAUCCUGAGCGUCAGCCCAGUCAACCCACGACGGCGCUGCCAAUUGAUCUCGCCAAGUUCGGUCCGACGCAACACGUCCCGCUGGGUACAAUCGUCCACGCACGAUCCGGUGAUAAAGGAUCAGACUGUAAUUGCGGCUUCUGGGUGAGGCAAGGGGUUGAGUAUGCCUGGCUGAGGAACCUGCUGUCGGUCGACACCAUCAAGUUGCUUCUUGGGAAGGAGUAUGAUACGUCGCGUGUGCCUAAGAUUGAGAUCGAGCGGUUCGAGCUGCCCAACUUGCGGGCGGUGCAUUUCUUGUUUCGCAAUCUGUUAGACCGUGGAGCCACCAGCACUUCGAGCGUGGACUUCUUGGGGAAGAAUGUGGCGGAAUAUCUACGCGCGAGAUAUGUUAAUGUACCUGUGAAGUUUCUUGCAAGGGGGAAGUUGUAA